AUGGCAACCGACAUGCUCGAAGCUGAGCCUUUUCAGGCCGCCGAGGAUCAACACUCGGACUCAGCGCCCGAAGUCCAAACUCCUCUGACCAAGUCUGGAGUUGGACAUAUCACAAACCCGGAAGCGGCAGAGGCGCGCUUCAGAAAGGGCGACCUGGUGCGCAAGAAGGCAUCGGCGUCCAGUGGUGCUCAAACCAAGGCUGCCUACUCGAUUUAUGCGAGUAGGAACAGCCCGCAUGGGUGGGUCGAGUAUCAGCUCAAAGACUUCUAUACGCACAAAGUGGACGGUACUUGGACACGCGAAAAGGACCUGAAGGCCGGUGCCUGA